AUGCUUUCCGCUCUCUCUCUCGCCUUCCCUCAAUUUCUUUUUCUUUCUCUUUACUUGUGCGUCUACAUCUCUAUAUCUUUCUCACUUCCUCUUUCGACCUCCGUCUCUCUCUCUUCCCGCCUCUGCGUCUCUUUUACAUUCAUAUGUUUCCGUCUUUCUCUUUCUCUCUUCUUCGUUUACUCAAUCUCUUUCAUUGUCUCUCAUUUUUUGUUUUUUUUCCCUUCUGUGACGCUGAGGUUGACUACCCCGGGUAUAAUUGUUGACUCUCCCUCCUCCGCUUUUUCUUUUUCUCCCAAUCAAUCAGCAGAAUGCAAUGCCAAUGGAAGUGAUGGGGAACUUCUGUUACUUGGGAUUACAGGUUGGGACGGAAAUUCACUCUCUCUCUCUCUCUCUUUCUCUCUCUCUCUCUCUCUCUCUCUCUCAGUGGUCAGAGCUCAAAUGGUUAAAUUACUUACAAAUAAUCCAAACAACCUCUCUCUCUCUCUCUCUCUUUCUCUCUCUCUCUCUUUCUCUCUCUCUCUCUUUCUCUCUCUUUCUCUCUUACUCACUCGCACUCUUUGUAAAUUGAAGUUCUUCUAA